CUCAUAACGAAUUUACCCUGUCUUCUCACUUUUACCUACGGCGAUCAUGAUCCUGUGUUUGAAUGUAGGCUGAUUUUGUCGAGUAGCCUUUCUUUGACACCAAUUCAUUCCUGAAUCAGCGAGCUUGGCUACAAAAUAACUACAACGACAACAGUUCAACACUCACCAGUUUAAAAAUAGCAGUCAAAAUAAUCCUGGCAUCUUUGUGUCCAUUACAACGUUGCCAUCCCUCACAGAAAAAUUGAAAGACAAGAUGGAGGACGAGGUUGCAGAUCUCGCGGGCAACCCGAACAUAGCGACGUAUCCGUAUGUCGUGGUCAAGGGCGUCCCGGCCUAUGAUACGGAUUAUCAAAUGUUCGGUCAGAAGAAAAUGACCACUGACAAAAUGGACGAGAUAGUAUUACACUAGUUACAGAGAUAGUAUUUUUUCGUUGAUUCUUUCUUGAAGUUGAACUUUCUUCAAGUUUUGAUCUUCCUUCAUUGGUUUUUCCCUAUCAAAAAUUCUAGUUUAGUUGUAAUAUUGGUUAUCCCUAUCUCAUGGUUCCUUGUUUGAUUUGCUACGAAUUUUUUCUCGAAUCAAUUCCUAUGUUGGAAGAUGGAGUAUAAAUUUUAGACUCCAUCGUCCAACAUAGGAAAUGGAUGCAGAGAGGCGAGGCGAUCUUCCACAUUUUCUAUGUCCUUGUCCCUCUUCCAACACAGGAAAUGGAUGCAGAGAGGCGGCAAGCGGAGGUGACACGAAAAUUGAUGAAGGCAUCAAAGCCAAGGGAGAGAAGAGACCUCACCAUCUACACCGGAAAACCAAAGAAAUGCGCAGAUGGUGCAAUUAUUAUGAUCCACUACAGCACUUCUACUACUGGAAUCACGUAGAAUUUGGUUUAACAUCCUUCCAGUCCACCCUGUCAAAUAGAGGCUGUUCUUUUUUUGUCUAAGGUCUACCAAAUCAUGCCAAAAAUUCCAAAACCGGACCACAGGUACAAUAGUUCCGCGACCACCACUAUCCCGAUCCACGUCCAUGCAGGAUCUCGGAGAAAUCACUUUUACCGGCAUCAACUUCAAGAAGCCAAGUGCAAACACUCUAGCCAAUUUCAAGAAAGGAAAGAGAUUAUCCAUGUGCUGGGACAACGUACUACUCUAUGUUAGGUCCACCUUGGAGGAAGAUUUAUAGAACGGUAUGCAAGAAAAUUGGAACAACUGUUACCACCUCUUGCAAGAGUUUUUCUUUUUUCUACCCCUUGAAGAGUACUAGCCAAAGUAAGUAGAAUUUUGAUUGUUACCACAUUACCACGUAUCUCGUAACAGAUCGCGAGUUAUGGCAGUGAUUGCUGGCACACGACGAACGGCGAAUUCGGGUCGGUGGUUCAACCAUCAGUCCUCCAUGCUAAGCGUGCAGGAGUCAAGUCAUUCGAAAACUCGCGGUACUUUUUUUCUAUGUGUGGGGGGGGAGAUAUGUUUGGAAUCAAUUGUUGUCUACUGUAAGAACUGUAAACAUUUGAAACGAUUGAAAUUGUUGACGUAUACUGUAACUGUACUAAUACGAUUUGUUUUUGUUCUAGAAUCGAUGUUGUCUCUCUUUUGGAACAAAAGGACGAAAUUGUAUGCUUUCAACUACAACACCGCAAUCGCAGGUUUUUGCCCCAUCAUCCGCAUUGGGUCGACAGGCCGUACAAGCCGGGAGAGUACAUCAAGUGCCCAAAGUCAACGUACCCAUUCUGCUUACACGUUUUUUUGACCUAAUUUUUUUUUGAGACCAAAAUAAAUGAUCUCUUCUUUGUCUUAAAUUGUCUCCUCCAAGUACCCACGACAACACUGGCUCGUUCUUCCAAUCAACCCAGGUACAGCGACCUCGGUAGUUUCUACGUCGAUGGGUACAAGCUGCCUGCUGAGUACCAGUACACACUGACGAAAAAACGUCAGGUGGACCCCGUCGAUAACGGAAAUCCAGUGAUGUAAACUGGGUAUUUAGAACAAACAUGUCAUAGUACCAUUUACUUAUAAGUACUAUUCGAAAACUGAAAAUAACCGAGUUAGUGACUGAAAUAAGGGAGGUAGCUUAACAUCAAGGCUACUCCUCCUUCUCAUCAGUCUCUCGGUUAUUCUCGUCUGUUACUCGCUUAUUUCAGUUUAUCGAAUACGUACUAUUAGAAGUUGUAGACCUCAGGGGGCGACAGGCUUCACACACACAGUGAUCAGAACGGGUGCAAGCUUGAUCGUGCUGUCCUCGUUGUAUAGAAGAUACUUAUUACGUACUAGCUAGGUGUGAUCAUGUGUCGCAGUCAGAAGAGGGUCUGCAAGCAAAGGAGUUGCUCAUCAUCGUAUGGACGAAAAGUCCUCAAACUGUUUUCAUACAAGAAAACGAGCGCCACAAAGAUGUUAUCUAUGUCAUCAAUUAUCAAUCGUUUACAUUUUGUUAGCCCUUCACGACGUCCAUGAGGGCGUGUCAUUGCAUCUGCUCAAGAUGAAACUGUCUAAUACACUUCGCAAAAUUCUUCUGUCAUUAACUAUCUAUCAAGAUCGCCAAUCUGCAAAUUUCUUAGAAUCAAAUAGAAACGGAAACGAAUUUAGUUAGACCGAAAUUGAAUAUAGCUUCCUACUGAGGAUGUGGAUUAAUCGCUAAUAGAACAUCAGAGUAGAAUGCAGGUAUCCAUGCUGCAUAUUGAAUUCAGAGUUUAGCAUAUAAGGUUCGUCUAGUGCUUGUUUGUUCCUCAUGAGUAUAUCGUCGUUAUCAAAAAUGAGAUCGUCUGAAGUGAGAACGUUUUCCUGUACCAAUUGUUUGUUAACGAAGCCACGACCUAACUGUCCAUAGCUGUCUAAAAUGUACUGAAUUUGUGACCAUGAGAACACAUGUACAACAAAACAAAGCGCAUCCAGUUCCAGAGCAGAUUUCUUGCUCGUCCGUGACG